AAUCAAUCACUCGUCCACCCAUUCGAUAUCAAUCAACCCACUUUGUCGAUAGAUACUCCGCCAACUGACAACGCAGCUCGGCUGCCGACACGCUGCAGGUCGCUCAUUGAUUUGUUUAUUGUCGUCCUUGCAUCCUUGACUUCCCCAUCCAUUCACAUAGUUUUGUUGUCUGCGAGGAGACUGGUAUCAUGGAGAACGGAAGCCCGGUACAGUCGAGAAUACAGGGAUCGCGCAUCCCUGGGCUCAAGGAGAUGAACCCGUCCGGAACGAACUCUCGCUCGAGGUUGCCGCAACCAGGCGCAAUUGCGAACAAGCCCACCGCGGUGCCGCAACCCUCUCGUACGAGAAGUACCACCGAGAGCGCGAGAGCAGGCGCAGGCACGCCGUCCGCAUCGAGAUCCGUUAAUGGAACGACAAAGGCUCACGGCCGCGCAAACUCCUACGCCUCAUCCACCUUGACCCGGUCGGCUUCAGCGGCCUCACGAUCCAGGGGUCCGCAUUCUUCGUCAACCAUGGGGCGCCCCAAUUCCUCCAUGAGCACCUCCCGCAGACCGAACGGACACUCGAUUCCCCGUCCCGCAACGUCCUUGGAUACCCAUGAAGAAGAAAACUCCCGCAGAGUACUUGGCAAACGUAAGGGCGGCGAGUGGGAUCAAGACGCACGGGAACAGAACAUGGAGUAUCUCUUGAGCAGUUUCGUGUCUCAAUUGAACCAACAUGGCCAAGCGAGUUCAGGCCUCAAGGAGGCAGUCGAGGUGUACAAACUAAGAGUUGGCGAAUUGGAAGAAUCAAAGAAGGAGCUGACCGAGCGAAACCUGGAGCUCCGUGUGGAAGUCGAAUCUAUCAAAUCACGUAUCGGAGCGGUGGAGGAUACCUUCAAACACGCCCAGCGUGAGCAUGAAAUUGCAGUGGAAGAGCUUAUCUCCCGUCAGCGCACCGAACUUGAGACGGCUAGAUAUGAUGGCCAGAGGCAGCUGGAUAUGCUCAAGGCACAUCACGAAUCCGAGAUUCGUGAGCUAAAUCGGCGUUUUGAGCAUGAGUUGAAUGACGAGAAGUCCAAUCGUCUUCGCGAGAUGAACCAGAUCCACUCGCAGACCGCGCUUGAUGCCCAACUAUCACAGAUCGAGCUUGACAAGAAGGUGAAGGAACUUUCCUCCGCCCAAGAUGAUCUCCAAGCCUUGCGAGCCGAGCUUGAGCGGGAACGAAGGAAUACCAACAAUCUCCGACAGAACUUGGAUACAAGCAGCGCCAACAGCGUAACCUUGGAGUCAACUAUUAGUGCGCUGAAGGCGCGAAUCGAGUUCUUGGAAUCCGGAAGGGAGGAGCAAUCCGAGGCCUUUGAGCGAUUGAACCAGCAAAUGAUGGAUGCUGCGGCCGAAACCAAUGCCGCCAAAGAAAAACUCAGAAGAGAAGAAACAUUAAGGCGGAAAUUACACAACCAGGUGCAGGAACUCAAGGGCAACAUCAGGGUUUUCUGCCGCGUUCGUCCCACUCUAGGGAUCGAAGAUGUAUCGGAAGCAGCGCAGUUUACCUACCCGGACGAUAUGGAAGAUUCCAAGGAGAUCAAUAUCAUCGGCCCGGAAGAGAAGAGCAGUCUUGGUGCUGUGACCAGAAAGAAUCACAAUUUCUCAUAUGACCACGUAUUUGGCCCAGCAGCGCAGAAUAGCGACGUCUUCGAUGAAAUCAGUCAGCUUGUGCAGAGCGCGCUGGAUGGGUACAACGUUUGUAUAUUCUGCUAUGGCCAAACCGGCAGUGGUAAGACUCACACCAUGUCAUCGUUGGAUGGUAUGAUACCCAGGGCUGUGCACCAAAUUUACGAGACGGCUACAAGCCUUGAGGAAAAGGGCUGGAGAUAUAAGAUGGAAGGCAACUUCGUUGAAGUUUACAACGAGAACCUGAACGAUCUACUGGGUAGAGCAGAAGAGUUGGACAAGAAGAAACUGGACAUCCGCCACGACAUGCAGAGAGGGAAGACUAUUAUCACCGACGUUACCACCGUCGAACUAGAAUCCCCGGAGAUGGUUGAGUCUAUUCUCAAGAGAGCGGCCGCCAACCGCUCAGUGGCUGCUACGAAGGCUAACGAGCGCUCUUCUCGCUCCCACUCGGUCUUCAUCCUCAAGCUGAUCGGGGAGAAUUACAUUACCGGCGAGCGCAGUGAGGGAACCCUCAAUCUGGUGGACUUGGCUGGGAGUGAGAGACUAAGCCACAGCGGUGCAACUGGAGAGAGGCUAAGAGAGACGCAAAACAUCAACCGCAGCUUGAGUUGUCUGGGUGAUGUGAUUGCAGCUCUAGGACAAGGCAAGGAAGGGGGCCACAUUCCCUACCGGAACAGCAAGUUGACAUAUCUUCUUCAAUUCUCGCUGGGCGGAAACUCGAAGACACUCAUGUUUGUCAUGGUCAGCCCACUACAAGCUCACCUGUCCGAGACCCUGACCAGUCUCAAAUUCGCUACUAAGGUGCACAACACGCAUAUUGGGACCGCGAAACGACAGACCCGUGUUCGUGACACCUAGGUCACUAUCCGACUCUUGCUUCCUAUAUGUUUGGCCGAUAUGAUCCUGGCCCUUCUUCUGACGAUACUGGUGUUUUGGGCGUUUGACUCUUUACUUCUGUUUUCUGCAUCGUCAGCUCUUUUGGAGAUAUUUCCCCCCACUACUACCCCUAUCAUUUUCUGUUCAUAGGUAAACCGAACAUUUCGUUGGUUCUGUUUUGUACGGGUUGGUUUGGUGGAAUGAGGAUUUAGCAUAAUGAUAGUUUUGAAUUAAACUCAGUAAAUGACUCAGGCACCACCGGUACCAUUCUUUCUGAUCAGAUUACCUCUUCAGACCUUCCUCUUGGUUUAUUGGUGCCCUGGUUAUACUAAACCAUGUCCGCGCCUAUAUGCGAGGGCCGGGAUUUAAUCUUAUCGGUGCUUGGAUUUUGUUUUUCUUCUAUAACUAGUUCAACACGCA